GCGCGGAGCGCAGCGCGACACACCGCCUGUCAGUUUACACUCAGAGGACCGGGGCCACCAUGGCACUGUACUACUACUGUUACUACUACACACCCGAGGAGUUAUUAAACCGCCCCUCCGCGGAACCGCGCGCGUAGAGAGACAGACAGAGAGUGGAGGAGAGCACGGGGCGCGCGAACGGUUUCUUUUGGCGCGAGUUAACGCAGGGAUGCCCGUGUUACCGAAAAGCCGGUAAGAUCGAAAAAGUGAGUUUCGUUUUAUGAGAGCCAGCUACCUCCUACUGCUGCACAUCAGAACCACACAAAGGGAUUGAUUCCGCGGGAUACAGUGCUUUAACCGAGUGUCAGUCCGGUCUGAAUGUCCUAAAAGGAGCCUCUGAAGACCCUUUGUUCUUUUUCUUUUGGCUUUCUUUUUCUUUUCUCCUCUUUUUUAUUUUGUGGCUUAACGAAAUGGAACACUUUGCAGCAGAGUGCCUUGUGUCAAUGUCCAGCCGUGCAAUCGUUCAUGGUCCUAAAGGAAAUAGAGAGAUCAGACCCGAAGCUGCGGCUGCCCCCCUGCACGAGGAGCCCACCAAGGAGGCUCUGGUGAAGGACAACUCUUCCCUGUUCGUGGUGGCCAGGAUCCUGGCGGAUUUCAACCAGCAGAGCCCCAACCAUUUUGCAGAGCAGGCAAAAAUCAAGGAGGAGAGCGUGCCAGCAGCAGCAGCCCUAACGAGAGAGGAUGGAAACUCUGCCACACCUACCGCCAUCCCUGCCGACUCCACUGCUGCUGCUGCUGCCUCUGCCCUUAAACAAAGAGGCAAUAAGCGACUGAGGGCUCGGGUUGAGCAGGAAUCCCCACAGAAAAAGCACAAAUGCCACUAUUCAGGUUGCGAAAAAGUUUAUGGCAAAUCGUCCCAUCUCAAAGCUCACCUAAGGACACAUACAGGAGAACGACCCUUUCCCUGCACCUGGCCCGACUGCAGUAAGAAGUUCGCACGCUCGGACGAGCUGGCCCGCCACUACCGCACCCACACAGGCGAGAAGAAGUUCGGCUGCCCGCUGUGCGACAAGCGCUUCAUGCGGAGCGACCACCUGAUGAAGCACGCCCGCCGCCACUCCGACUUCCAGCCGGCCAUGCUGAAGAGGCAGCAGGGAAGCAUUAGCGGGAUGGGCGGAGGAGGCAGCACGCGGCCGGGCUCCCUCAGCGACUACAGCCGCUCGGACGCCUCCAGCCCCACCAUCAGCCCAGCCCUCAGCCCUGCCCUCAGCCCUGCCAACUCGCCUUAAAACCGGCCGCACUUUCAGCCCUCCGCCCUGGUGCUCCAGGAUGUGUUUCUUUUCUUUCAUUUUAAAUCCUCCUGAAUUCUUUUCUGUGGAAAAAAUCGUGGUGUUGCACACUUGUAAGCGGCCACCUACUCUUUGCUAAUCUCUUCGCUUGCUGUGGUGUACUCUACUGUACAUAACCGCUUCCUGUAGUGCAAUUUUCUCGUGCAACUCCAUAAAAGAGAAAAUUAAAGAACACAGAAAAGAAUAGAAAAGAAAAUGCCUUUCCCAGAUGGCAAUAUUUACAUUAUGAACCAUAUGUCUGUAUUUUUAUAGCUUCUGGCUGUGGCCAGUUUUCCAUGUUUUGUUUUUUCUUUUCUUUUUUUGGUUGUUUUUGUUCCUUUCAUUUAAUCAGCUCUGUUGUUCAAGUGAACAAAAAUGUAGACAAAAUUGACAGGUAUACGAUGAGUUUUUCUCUCCUUUUUAUUUAAGAAAAAAACGGGUGAGGGGGAGGGGCACACACACCUCAGGAUUCAAGACAGUUGUUUUUUUUUUUUUUUUCUCCUUUAAUAUUCACCUUGACUGCACAAUACAAGCAUCACUUUACUCUGAAAUUCAACGGGGGUUGAAUUUUGUGCCCUGCUCAGGGAUGGCCUCGUUAGCUUGAAAGAAUGAACAUGAUGAAGAGAAAGCAUCCAUAAGAAACAGCCUUACACUCAACUAAAAAACAAUGGCACUCUUCCUUUGUCUUUUUUUGUUGGUUUUCACAUCAGGGGAAACUAGCACUGGGUUUAACAGUCAUUCUUACUCACCAUAAUGAUAUUUGGUUUGUCUGUAAGAGGUGGUUCAACAGAGAGGAGACUAGAAUGGAGUGAAAGGAAGAAUUGUGUCUUUGAGACUGGAAAUAACUCUUUUUUUUUCCCUUUUUUUCUUCUUUUUUUGGUUUAACGUUGCUAUCCCUUAAAACCUUUUAUUUGUUUUUGGUUUUGUUUUGUUUUUUUCUCUACAAAGCUGUGUUGGUUGUUCUGGCUGUGUCCUGAUUUCAAAGGGAAACCUUACAUUGUAUGAAUGUAGGUGAUGAAACCGCAUUACAUUGCUCAACCUGCCCAAUGAGGAGCAUUACAGCCCGAUUGCUCCCCUUUACAGAACUGAACUAAAUCCCCCGAAAAUUGUGGAGGAUAAAGUUUCAAAGCAGCUGCCUUGCACCAUAAAGACUGCACAUGCAUCAACUUCAGGGUUUUUUUCUUCUUCUCACAACAGUACAGGUAUAUAACACACCCAGGAAGGGACUUUGUCGGGGUCUCUUUGACUCGCUUUCAAAAGCACACAAGCAGAAACCACCAAAGAAGUGUGAAGGAAGGUUUUUUUUGUUGUUCUGCCAGUGAUAUCCAGAGUUAACAGGAGGGUGGAGUGUUGGCAGAGAGUCUCAGGUAACAGUAGACACCCUGGACCUCUGCCUUGCGCCAUGCCCCACCCCGCCCCGCUGUGGCUGGUCUGCUGUCUAGGAAACGUCCCACACUGGGCUAUUCAUAGCGCGCUGAAGAGGAGAGUGUAGAGCCACUGCAGUAGAGCUGUCCUCUGCCUCUGCUUCUACCUGAGGAGAGAGACAGAAAGAGAGAGAGAAAGAUAGACUGACAGGGAGAGGAAGGGAGAGAGAGGGAGAAAAAUGGAGGGAGGGAUUGAUGGAUGGAGAACAUGGAAGCAUUUGUCGCAGGAAGGCUUGUCCAGGCAGGAUUAAAUAUAGGCUUGGUCACUGCAGGUUUUCUGAGUGGAGUAAUGAUGCGUUUGGACGGAUCUCGCCAACUUGUAAAAGUGUCUUGUGACCAAGUCGUAAUUACAGUAGGUCAUCACCAGCAGCUGGUCAAUUUAUCACGUGAACAGUGCAUAUUGUGUUGGAAUAAAACUUAUUUUUACAUAACUGCAAAACUUUUCAGGAUGUAAUUGAUGUCAGAAGAUUAUAAUGUUGGACCAUUUGUACUGUUCUAGUCAGGCUUCAUUUUUCACAUGAUAUAAAUGGCAGCUGGCCUUUUUUAAAGCCAUUUUUCAAAUGUCAAAAAUGGAAUUGCGAGGUAAUAGACCAGUGCUAGCUUGCUCUGUUGUUUUUACGUGGUAUGAGAGAAUGUAAAAGCAAGCGAUGCAUCAUAACUUUCCUUAACGUUCCUGACAGUAACUCGAAAAUAAACCCGGGAAUUCACAAGUUUACGAGAACCGUCUGCACGCAUCAUGAACUAGAGAUGGGCUGGAUUGCUUGACCAAUGGUUGAAUCCAGCAGAAGAGAUAUCCUGUGAGCUCUCCCUUAUAGCUCUUUCAGUCAGACACACCUCUCCUCUCCCACACCCUAUUUGUCUAAUAAUUACAGAGAGUGUGAAUCCCACUAUUGGCACUUUUCCACUGCAUGGUACCUUACAUUACUCAACUCUAAUUGAGUACACUUGAUUCUACUCCUUUUUGGGUCCCUGAAAUGUAGGAAGUGACACCUUCACUGAGUACGUCACCUUCAGAGCAACCACAAAAUAAUAACAAUGAAUAAUAAAUAAUAAAUGUGCCUAAUAAGAAGCAUACAAUUUGGGUAGAGCCAAGUCAAAUAGAAUAAAUAUACUAUGCAGUGGAAAAGCGACAUACAUACUGCACAUUAAAGUGGUGGGGUGAGGGGGGUCUCUGUUAUUGAAUGUCAUUCAAAAUGUCAGAACAUUUAGAUUUUUCCAUACAGGAAAGUAAAGGACACAUAAUAAGAGUCUGACAAGAAGGCGAAGGCUCGUGGACAAUGAGAGAGAUUAUGUUAUCAAUUAUAACGAGAAUGUAUAGCAUGUCUGGCGAGAUGUUAUCUGAGGUUUUUGCCCCUCGGCGCAGAACGGAAGAGGACAGAGUGCUGAUUUUACAGUUCGCUUUUUCCAAGCUUCGACAAAGUGGACUUUUUUUCAGAUCCUUUUUUUUUCUUCUCUUUCUCAGAAAGGAUGUAUAGAUCUGAUCCAGGCAAGUGGUCAGGAUUUGUGUUUGCAGUGUAUCAUGAUAAUUGCGUUAAUGUCAGGAGACUCCUGACUAUGGACUUUUUACAUACUGGUAGUGUAUCCAGACCUCUACAUACACUUUUUUACUGUUGCGGACACUCUGACAAAGAGUCAGGGUUGCCGUAAAACACAUUACCUCAAUAAACCUCUAAUGCAGCUGCUUUCAAACUUGAUUCUCGCUUCAGAGGGGCUCUUCAGGCUCUUGUGAAUGCCGCUACCAAAACCCAUGCAGUAAUGCAGACAUAUCAUUUGAGUAAACGUUUGAAAAACAUGAUUUGCCGUCCUUUGCUUGCUUGUAGUCUGGGAGGAUGAAGAUCUGGUGUGAGAGAGUGGUCUUAUGUUGCUUCAAGCCAUGCUUCAUAACUACACCUCAUCAGUUUAGACCUGAGGCUCUUAAAUCUCGCAAACUACCAUUGUGAGAAUAGAAGCAUCACUGUCUAAACUGCUGUGGCAAUGUCUUGUUCUCUCACGUACAAACACAUAUACACACACACAUACACUCAUUUCUACUAUUUAUGUUCAUGCUCACACACACAGUUUAAACACACACUUUUUCAAUCUCUUUGUAAUUCCUUUGUCACCUGUUGUCAUAAAUGUGCUUAAUUAGAUGCCGCAUUUUAGAAGUGGUCAUAUUGUGACAUAUUGUCACUGCCAUUGUUUUGUUGGGGCUAAACAUUGCAGAUUGUGAAGGCCGCACAUUUCCCUGUCCAAAAACAUGUUGCUACGAAAAAAUAAUAACAUCUAGCUAGCUAUUCCCUUCAGAUAUCAGGAUACUCUCUCUAGAUCUGUACUUAGAGACGUUACACGAUGAUGAUCAUCAUAUUGUUAACAACUUGAUAACUCCCCAGAUUGGUCAGCACAGAGAAAAGCUCAUUAUGUAGGCCUUCAAGGAAACCUACUUAAUAAGCUCUUCUUGGAGAUCCACACAAAAAGCCAGCAGCAGCCUAGAUUGCAUAAAACUAAAUCUUUUCCAUUGAUAAAAACGACAAAAAACCUUCAAUUUGUCACACAAAAUGUGUGUAGAAUUUGAUCUUCCAUUAACUGGUUUCUUGAUCAUUUUGUCCCCGAUGUCUGCUAAUGGGAUAUGCUGCUAAAUUGAAUCAUGGAUUAUCUAUAUUUCCAAGAAAAAACAAAUGUCUAGAAAUUAGACAAUUAGCCCAUGCAUAAAAUCUUCCAUCUCUUUCAUUGACCAAAUACAAGUUUGCUGCACAACAAUGUGUGGAAUUGGAUCUUUUUUUAAAUCUGGUUUUCUAAUUUGUUGACCCCCCCCAGCUGCUUAUGGGUUAUGCUGCAUAAUUUUAUCAUGAAUCCCCCAUAUUUCCAAAAAAAUAAUGCUUUAAAAUACAAAAAAAAAAUCGCCUUAUAUGUAACUAUAAGAAAUACAGCUCUGGAAAAAAUAAGAGACCACUUAAAAGUAGAUGUUUCUUUGAUUUUACCAAAUUAAAAACCUCUGGAAUAUAAUCAAGAGGAAAUCGGAUGAUCACAAGCCAUCAAAUCAAGCUGAACUGCUUGAAUUUUUUGCACCAGGAGUGGCACAAAGUUUUCCAAAAGCAGCCUGUAAGACUGGUGGAGGAGAACAUGCCAAGAUGCUUGAAAACUGUGAUUAAAAACCAGGGUUAUUCCACCAAAUAUUGAUUUCUGAACUCCUAAAACUUUAUGAACAUGAACUUGUUUUCUUAGCAUUAUUCGAGGUCUGAAAGCUCUGCGUCUUUUUUGUUAUUUUAUAUUUUUAUUUGGAAUUUGGGAGAAAUGUAGUUCGUAGUUUACAGAAUAAAACAACAAUGUUCAUUUUAUUUAAAAUAUACCUUUAAAUAGCAAAAUCAGAGAAACUGAUUCAGUGGUCUCUUAAUUUUUUCCAAAGAUGUAUAUUGAGAUGCUCUGCCUCGCCAAGAUGUCAUUUUCCUUGCAGUGCAAGGGGCAGGAGGCUGUGGAAACUGCCCAGCUGGGGGAUGCAGUGUCCCAGAGCAGCAGGAGCAGGUGGAGGGCCUGUGAAUACCAGGCCUUGUCUCUCCAUGUGCCCUCCCCCCCUCCCCCCAGGGCCUCUCUGCCCGAGCCUUUCAAACCAGCGCACAUAAUCAAGGCUUUCUCUCUUCCCGCUGCCUAAAGAAAACACCCCUAAUGAAAGUAAACAGCAUCACAGACGCAUUAUUCCUGCAAUGAGACCACAUGUAAAGCUGUCUCGCUCCUUUAGAUCAACUGCCCUCCCCUCCCUGUAGACUAAUUCCAGAAGUGUACUGUGACGAGGACUUCCAGCCUGUUGCAGCCAAUAGUGGUGGUUUUAAAGCAUAUUUAGUUUAGUUCAUUUAUAUAAUUUCACAACUCCUUAUCUGGAGACAUGUAUCACCUUUUCAUCCCUCAUCUCUUUCUACUUACAUUUACAGUAUAUUCUCUUCAUCCACAUUCUCACCAUUCACUCACCCAUGCUACCAGAGAGCUUGCGUACUGCAGCAAAACAGGCUGCUCAUCUCUGCUCAUCCCCUAUCCUCCUCACUGCUGGUCAGUGUCGAGUGCUCUUUAGGUUAUUCUAAGGAAUGGCCAUGAUCUCAAUCCCUAAACUCUACUCUCUCUAAAGCUGGUAGCAUAGCAUCACAUAGCAUCAGUGACUCUUCUGGGCCUGUAAAUAUAGAUCCACCAAGGGCCUCCUGGAGGUAACGUUUCACUGAUGAGCUAAUAUGUGAUCUGAAAAGUCUGUAUUUAUAGAUAGUAUAAGUAUCUGAAGCCUCUGCUUUACUUAACAUAUGUCCAUGCAUUCAUACAUACAUACAUAGUCACAGGUUAAAGUGGAAUACAUGUCAAAUUUAGCUGUUUUUGUUGUUUUUGCUCAUUUUCACUGUUCCGAAACUACUUGAAUCAGAAGCGAGACCAUUGAACACAGAUCGAGGCAUGUCUAGAGUAAAAACAAAACUGUAUUUGCUCUGUCUUUGUCUAACAGCUCAAAAAAAAAAAUCACACAAGUUGCAUGUGAUUAUUGUGGAAAUGCUUAUCUGGGUUUGUUUAUUUGUAACAUUUUAUUAUUUCUGAUUAUUUGUUCAGAUUAAGAAUAAGUAUGUUUGUAAUUAUCAUUAUUUUUCUGCUUAUGGUCAUUACUGUUCCAUGUUCCAUUACUGUUUCAUGAUUUCAUUAUUUCAGUCCACUGCGAUGAAGCUUGCUCCAUGCUAUAUUGUUGUUUUAAUAUGUUUAUUUUAAUAGGCAGUGAGGGAGGUAAACUUGGACAGUUCCCUCUUUAUUCAGAGACACUGAACGCUCUUUUUUUCUGUUUUAGGCAGGAUAUAGCUGUAUCAUUUCUUUUUCUUUUUUUUUCUUCUUUACGAUUAGCUACGAAGAGAGGGGUGGAUGUGAAGAGGUGAAGUUGACAAAGGUAAAUCCUUUCUUCUCUAAAAAAGAAAAGCGUCGCAUGAGACUGAUGUGAUUAGCUUCAUUUUUCACAAAUGUCGCAUACCCAUAGAGACCACAGCAUUGUGAGUAGGUAGUGUAGUAGUCCCAUAUUAUUAUUAUUAUUAUUAUUGUUAUUUUAAUGAUUAUUACGAUUGUUACGUUCUUCUUUUUAUUAUUAUUAUUAUUAUUAUUUCCAUGGUUAGAGGCUUCCGAUCACCAUCACCAUGUUAUUCAUCAUGUCUUUCCGAACUCUUACCUCUACAAAGAAACUGAACUGAGAAGGUUUAUGAAUGAAUAUGUAUGAAGUAUUGUUUUGUUCUGUUUUGGUUUGGUUUGUUUUUGGAAUGCAUAUCUGAAAUGAUGGGCCAACUCUAAUGGCAAUAUUAUCGGAUCUGUCAGUAUCUUACAACUCCUAAAGUCUCAAGAUUAAAAAAGAAAGAAUUCAACAAUUCAUUUAAAAGUGGUUUCCUUGCAUUCAACCACAGGACUGCCCCUAUAAUGCGCCUAAUUUAUUUUCUUAUUGGUUGACAGAAUGAUACUAACCAGUUUUUUCGUAGAUUUGGGUUGAAAAAUCAUAGUUCUUUUAAUAGCACAUUAGGUUUGAUAAUGAGUGCCAAAGGCAUGACGUUGUAAUUCCAGUACAACCCUUAGACAGUUAAAAGCAUUUAACACAAUAUAGGUGACAUUAAAUAAAUAACCUUGUACAGUUUUCUAUGAGUGAUGUGUUUUUUUAAGUAUGUGUACAGGAUUGAAUGACGUGCAUUAGAUACACAAGUAUUUUUAAGUUGAACCUUUUUUUUCUUUUCUUUUCUUGUGUGAUUUUCUUGUACUUUUUGCUUCUGUUGGUUUUCUGUUCUGUUCGUUUGUUUCUGUUUUUAUGUUAUUCUUAAUUUGUCCCGGUUGUACAGUUUGGAGCGUAUAUGGUUAGUAAGCCUGAAUUCGUGGACGUUAUAUUCAUAAGUGAAUACCCAACCAACCAUUCCAAAGGAUUGCAAUUGCAUUUGCUAUAAAUGUGCUGCUUGUAUCAAACCAAUGCAUUGAAGCUUCAUUAAUUUUAUGUAUUUAUUUUAUUGUUCUCUUUUUGACUGUGAUGUAUUUACUGAAAUACAUUUGUGACUAGUUUAUUUGGGUACUUUUUUCUUAAUUUCUUUUUUUUCCCCCCUCUUGCCAUUUUGUAGUCGACUUGUAGCUUCCAUUCAGUUAUACUAUGCGCUUGUACUGUUGGCUUAUGCCUGCAAAGUAGACAGAGAGAAUGGACACAGCCAUGCCAUGUUCGGACAGAAAGGAUGAGCAGAGCUCUUUUAAGGCAGAGUGAUUUUAAGGCUUGCUUCUGUGUGUAGAUGCUGGUGUGCGUAUUGCUAUUAUCUUGUAGCCAGUCCUGGUUGAAUAUGUGAGUUUGGCUUGUAAAGAAACAGGGUUCAGGCCCACAAAACUAUUGCACGUGGAACUAUUGCUUGAAUAGGUGGAGGACGCUAUAGCAAAGGCCAGAGUGGUCCUAUAUGAUCUAUAACUUGAGCCACUGAGUGACUGACAGUAACUGGAGUCUCACUGGGUCCGGAUUCCUGAAUUUCGUGUUUGAGACAUCAAGUCACCAAAGGCUUUCAGAAAGGACGAAUGAAUACGUGCAUAAAUGUUCAUAUUGCGAUCAUAUUAGCUGGAAUCAUUCUGUCAUUUCACAAAGCACAUUUAAACUCAUUCGCUGAAAGGAAAGCUGUAGAAACUUCAAAAAUAUAUGACUCAUUGAGGUACUCUCGAUUGUGUCUUCAGGAAACUAAAAAGAGACCUUUUUUAACGUCUAAAAAAUGAACAAAGGCAGGGCUAAACUUUAAGAUGUCGAUUGUCCCAGUUAGACAUAUCUGUGAAUAAUAUGUAGACUUAUGUAAAAUCUACAUAUGUUCCUACAUACGUCCCUCAUUAGCUGUGCAAACUUAACUAACCCUGACUUGUGGAUGGGGCUCCACAAGUAGAAUAGCACUGUGCUUGUGCAGUUUAGUAUAUUUAUUUUUUUUUUGAUCUCCAAAGAACCCAUGAGUGGCAAUGUUAAUGCCAUUCUGUUUUUGUGUCCAGGGGAAAACUUCUUGACGUCAUUCAUCUGUCAGAGUAAGCACACUUUAGGAAGCUUAUUCCAUCCUCUCAUAUAGUUUUAUUUUGUCGGUAUCAAGCUGAUAACUAAAAAAAACUUACAAUGCAUUUCACAUGAAACGGGGUGGAGUGUAGACUGUUACUGUAUGCGAAGGCUUUCGUCGUUUUGUCACCUUCGCAGCCUCAGCCGUGGACAGUGAUGAUUAGGAGUGCUUUAAAAGCAUGCGGCCACUCGGUCGUAUCCUAAUCUCUGUGGUCAGACGUGAACACACUGACACCUUUUUUAAAAAGCAGCUUUCAGUGGUGUCACAGCGUUGCAGAAGCUGCUCCUGAUAAGGAGGACUUACUAUGCUGAGGACUUACUAUAUGACUAUAUGAGGCUCAGACUCCACACGCUACACACAGCCCCACCCCACGCAGGGAGAACCCAGUAUAGAAAAACUUCACAGUUCCAAAAAAAAAAAAACAUCUACAUAUAAACACAAAUUCAUACAACAACUUCCACGUUCCUUUCCAACAAAGUGCACUCAGUAAACUUUUACUGCAAAAAAAUCUCCAAGGCCCAGCACCUGUGAUGAAUUGAUAAAAGAAGGAUUAAAUGUUCUUCAAAUGGACUUCUUUUAAUGAUCUUCUAGCUGGAUACCCAGUAAAUCAAUAGACAUUAGUAAUAUUAAAUCUUUCAGUGGCCAAAUCUCCUUCUUUAAUAUAAGAAGACUCCUUUUUUUCCCUUUUCUUUCACAUCAAUGAUGUACAUUUACUUUUUUAAUUUUAGUUGUUUUUAAUGAUUCUUUUUUACUCUCAAUGGCCCUUCAAUCAAUCAUGAUAUGAACAAAUAUAAAUGUUGUAUAGACAGAGGCCUCAGGCUGUCCUCUAGGCUUCCUCUGUGUGUACUCGGCUUGCCUUCCUGAUGUAUGUUUUAGUCUCUAUUUUCUACAUAACCAUGCGAUGCCUGUUCCAGUGACUAUACAGUACAGCACCGCUGUAACGCUCUUUGUACAAUAACUCGUAACUUCUACUACGGCCAGUUCCUGUCUCCAUGACCUCAUUCAAACAAACAACAAAAAAACUGCCAUGUAUCAGCGUUUUUCUGUUCUUUCUUUUUGUUUUCUUUCUUCCUCAAUCAACCAAAAUCACUACAGUGAAGUAUUACAGUUGUACAGUUCCAUGAAUUAUACAGUCUAUUAAUGUUGCUGGUCUAUGGUUGCUCUGCUGUACCUUUUUAUGACAUUAUUUUUUACAUGUUAGACAAUAUAUUGUGACUCUGUCCUAUGCAAAUAUGAGAAUUAACAAGAAUUUGUCAAAUAAUGUAUGUUGUCUUAACUUGUAUGCAUGAAAUAGUGAAGUUUACAUUUGAAAAUAAAUUCAUAAAUAAGCAGCUUUA